CGGGCCCCAGCGUCCCUGUGGAUGCCUGGCUCUGCUGCACGCUCUGGCCCACGGAUCGGCCCAAAUCCGCGAUAGUUUAGGGUUGUCAUUGAUCGAGUGAAGGUUUCUGAUUCACGGGAAGUCGAAAUGUUGUGGAUCUGAAGCUCACCAUCGCUGCUCGAUGCCCACAUGGAAACUGUGUCUCUCACUUCCUUCCGUUGCGUGCUCUCCAGAUCCCCUGCCGAUUAUUUCUCGUCGGCUGUCGAAUGUGGCUAACUGCUGUGAACUUUGCUCGAACAUAAGCUCGUAUUAAUGCGACGCUGAGGAUGUUUUGAAGUCGUCCUCGCCACGAUCUCUGGGUGCUCCGGAAUCGUUAUCAUUAUGGUGGACCCGAUCGAUCUAUGUCUCUGGUAGAGGUAACCGAAGUGUCGGACAAUGUGUAACGAUUUUGAAAUUUGAGGCGGAAGAAAAGUUGCAUCUUGCUCAGCCAGCCAAUCCUGAGCGACAGCGACUUGCUGCCAUAAUAAUCCUCACUUCGAAGCUGCCCCUACGAGAACUGCUUCAAAUUCCUAAGUCAUUCAUUCUCCACGCUAAAAUUAUAUCAAACGCUCGCUGAACGAUGCAACCAAAUCUCGUGGAGCUGACAAUACUCUGGUAAUACAAGUUCUGUUACAUGGUUGGGUGUUCUCGGAAUUGCCGAUGCCUGGCUGGUGUCAAUGAAGGUGUACAUUCGAAUUUGUGGGAGGUUAUUUGUAGCCACGUGGUUGCUGGAUUGCUGAAUCUGAGCGAGACUCGCCUGUAACUGUUCUCGUGGAGGAUGAAUGGAAGUUACCCUCCCCUAGAUUCGUUGGGCUCAGGGAAGAAGACUGGUGCUCCUGAAAUGGCUGGACUCUUAUAGAGGCAUUACGAUGGGGUGUGAGAAGUUUCGAGAUGGUGGAAUGGGAGUUGGAGGCGUGCGUGCGAGCAUGGAAAGGCGGUGGCUCAUCAACGCCAAAACCACAGUGAUGAGGCAAAGAAAAUGGCAAGAAGUGAGAAUGCAGAAGGAGCAAGAGGAGAUGAAAAAGGUGGCGGAGAUUCUCGAGAAACGGAAGAGGGAGCGUGCCAGAUUGGCUGCUUACAUCCACAUGCAACCAGCAAAAUGCGCUGUAAACGCCACGAAGUGCACGAGGAAAGUGACCAAAAGAUCCAACUGGAAUACGUGUCUGAUGGAGGACCAGGAACUCAUCUUGAGACUCAGGGAGAAGUCUGCUGUUGCCCGAAACAGCUACAACCAGAGGGCGGACAUAGCUGCCGAUGAUCUGUGGCAAGGGAGUGAAAAGGGCCAGCACUACGGCACUUACACCAACAGCUACCGGAAGGGAUAUCAUGCACCAGAGCACAACUUUCUGAUGGCUACGAGGUACAUGGACGACACAGCGUAUGAAAUUUACAGUAACCCGGAGAGGGACCACAACGAUUCGGAUCAAGUGUCAGAAGCUUCUGCAGCCAAAGGCUCUAUCCGAUCGGAGCCUCUGAGAAGUGCUAUCUGGGCUCCUAGGGAUGUUCCUACAUAUGCCUCGAUGGCUGAAGAGGUUCGAUAUCAACCCGCUGCAAAGGCCAAGAGAUUCAGCGCUAUCGCUAGUGAGAAAGAGGAUGACCACCAACCAGGUCUCCGAUUGGAGAAGCAUUUUCAAGCUCCCGCGACGAAAAGCAAUCACCGAGUCGUAUCUAAGCUCGCAGAAUCUCAUGCUGAGGCUUACAGUCGUGCUGCCAGUUCGGCUGCUCUGGGACAAAAAGAGUCCAGCUCCAAACCUGAUAGCGAUCUCAGAGAAGAGAUUCUGAAAGCACGCCUAGCCAAUGAAGCUGCCACAGCGAGACUCAUAGCCGAAGUAAGCGCUAUUGAAUCGCGUCUGGAGGAUUGCAACCGGAGCUUGCAACCUUUAGACUUCAGAGAGGGCGAAUCAGAAGGGAUUACUGGAGAGCUGAACCAGUACACCAGCGAUACCGAUCCCCUUUCUGGUGAAAGUUGUGGCGAAACCGACAGCAAUUUUUCAUCCGACAGUGAUGAAGUAGCAUCAGCAUCAUUUCAGAAGACAACAACAGACAGAAACGAGAAUGGUCUCGGAAAACCGCAGCAUGAGGCGUUUCAGCCAUGCAAGCAAGUAAUCGAGAAGAAGGUAGUAGCUGCCGCAUCAGAUCCACAACCGUCUAAUGACAUUGACUGGAACACUGUAACUGUCGGUUCUCCCGAGAGUUGCCAUGAUAUGCAAAUGGUCAGCACCGAGACCAAUUCUAGGAACGAAGAGAAAGCAAGGUCAUACGAGGAUCAAAAGAGUCACAGGUCUUCGAAGAUCAUGGCAGCAGCAGCUGAUAAUCCACAUACCGAAACUUCGAGUGAAAUCGACUGGAACCUCGUGACUGCUAGCUCCCCUGAAUCUUGUGAGAAAAUUGAAGGGAACAGUUUCCAGGCUACCAGAGAGGCUUGUACGUACCACAAAGAGGUGAAAGCAGGUAGUGAGGAAAGUCCUGCAGGAACCAGUGAAGGCAAGGCAGCAACGACCGUGAAGUCUAGGAAAGACAGCCCUCAAGUUUGGGAGAUAGACUGGGACAACCACACAGACCGAUGGCUCAAUAAUAGAAAGGACAGCAAUCAGAUCAAGCAGCAAGCAAGGCCUUCGAGUCUCUCUGGUAUAGGAGAAUGGAGAUUACCAGCCAAUCAGAACUCUGUACGCCAGCAACAAACCGAGGAUUCCGUCAGUCUACGAGAAGAACGCCAAAGGAUUGAGAGCUGCUCUAGACGUCCUCCUAUCAUUCCCGAAGGAAAUGGAAACUCCUGUCGAGCCAGAGUGGAAUUACCUGUGUUGCCAUUGCAUCAUCUGAACCUUGGAAUCUCUCAGCCCAUGUACAGAAAUUGCAUGCAGACGCACUCGGUACAGCCUGGCUACCAUCAGGCGGAGAACAACCUUCAGGACGCAUCCAGGGGGGUGGGAUUUGGGAAAAGAUUUGAUUCUUCUCCAGAUAAGGAAAAUUAUCGCAAAAGCCAGAGUGGGGCUCUUACGGAAGAGGAAGAGAAGAUUUUUGCUUCCUUAGAGAGGCUAGACUGGAAACUUGCUGCAUUACAUACGAGAUCUGUGAGCACUGGGAGGGAUUCGUAUGUAUCCCAAGGCGAGUUCUCGACUAAGUCAGCUCCGGCUGUGAUGGGACCGCCUAUCAAGAAACUGGGGCAUGCUGGUGUGCACAGCGCAAAGAAGCCAAUCCCUUACUCAACUGUACCGCCAAGGCCACUGACACCACAAUCACAAAGGCCGCCUACUGGAUUGAGGAGACGUCGACAAGUUGGACUGACGAACAAGUGUGCGGGAAAGGCUUCGAAUUCUUGUCCCAAAUAUGUUGCAGGUAGUUCCAAGGACACCUGCGUCCAGUCGGAAAUGGGUUCGGAAAAGUUGCAUUCCUCUAGGGGAACUAUCGUCUGCCAUCAAAGUGCGGGCCAACUUUUUCAUGCGGUGUCCGCUUAUUAAGCCAUGCUUGUCUUGCAAGAAACAGCUAGUCAAGGUAUGAAGAGUGUAAUGGAUCCACAGACAUUACAUAGGCGGCCAUGCCAUAUGUCGAUCGGGACAUACGGCGUGACGUCCAUCUCUGUUAACUUGUGAAUACUGAGUCGAGUAAUCUACUCAGAGGCCUGAAUAGCAACUGACUUCUUGUCUAAGAGGACACCCCUUACUGGAUCAUUUCUGUGUCACUGUCGACCUCGCCACGGCCACUAGUGUGCGCAAUAUCUCAGGAGUUAAAUUUGUGGAUCCGUUGGUGCAAAGUAGGAGAAGAGCAUCACUUUAACAGCUCCAUGAUAGAAUAUAAGACAGUGCAAUAUAUGCAAAGGUGGUCUAUCACUUGAAAAUUUACUAGCGGACUUUCAGAUCUUGAGAAGCACAGUAGCACAUUGCACAGAAGUGGUUCAGUCGGAUAUCAGUAGUGAAGUGUGGUUGAAAUCAAGUCUUUCUGUUCGUUCGCUGGAUUGCUAAAAUUCGUCCAAAAGCAGAGUGCAAAACCGAAAGAGUACAGAUCCAAUGAAGGUUCCUGCUCGCAAUUUGCACAAGCCUGGCAUAUCAAAUGG